GUGUGUGUGUGUGUGUGUGUGUGUGUGUGUGUAAACAGGUGUAUUAAAAUGCUGGAACAGACAUCAGCAGUUCAGACACCAUGGCAUCAACACCUGGAACUAUCAGAGUCCUUACAACACUGCUUCUUCUAGCCAGAGGAUCCCUCUCACAGCUGGAUGUGUGUGGGCAACCCCCCCGCAACUCCCGCAUAGUGGGGGGAGAGGACGCCCCUGCGGGGGCGUGGCCUUGGCAGGCCAGCCUUCACAACAGCAGCGGCCACAAAUUCUGCGGGGGGUCCCUCAUCAACAAGGACUGGGUGAUGUCAGCCGCACACUGCUUCUCAAGGUGAGGUUCCUAGAGUGUGUGUGUGUGUGUGUGUGUGUGUGUGUGAGUGUGUGUGGGGGGUCCCUCAUCAACAAGGACUGGGUGAUGUCAGCCGCACACUGCUUCCAACGGUGAGACUCAGGCGCUCUCAGGGAAUUUUGGCACAACACGCAUCAUACAAAAAGUAAAAAAAAAAAAAAAAUGUAUCAUGAAAAAACAAGCAAUAAAUAGGCCUAAUUCUUUUCAAGUUAACGGCAGGCCCUAUUAGGUUACAUUUUGAACAGUUGAACAUUUAA